GGUUUCUGUAACCACAUAUACUUUGUACGUAGCCGUUUCGUAUAUACAAUCCAUGUAUAUAUAACUUUCAAACACUACUUUUUAUACCACUUUUAUUCAAAUCAAUACUUUCACUAUUUCCUAUUUUUUAUUUUCCUUUAUGAUGGGCCCGGAUGACUUGGGAAGCACGGGCAGCAGCAGAAGAAGUUGGCCUGGCCCGCUCGCUCCAAGUUUCCGGGACGUUAUAACAACCGGUCAUGCUGACGUGUUUAGCAGCCGGAGAUGGGAAGAGGAGGCGAAGGAGGAAGAAGAGUUAAAAUGGGCGGCAAUCGAACGAUUGCCGACAUUUGAAAGAUUAAGAAAAGGAGUGUUAAGAAGACUAAAUGAAGAUGGAAAAAUGGUGGAAAAUGAAAUUGAUAUUCAUAAAAUGGGAAGACAAGAUAAAAAAAUUUUAGUUGAAACUAUUUUGAAAAUUGUUGAUGAUGAUAAUGAAAACUUUCUUAGAAGAUUAAGGGACAGGAUUGAUAAAGUGGGACUUGAUACACCAACAAUUGAAGUAAGAUACGAGCAUCUAUCUGUGGAAGGAGAUGUGCAUGUGGGUAUUAGAGCUUUGCCAACCUUGCUUAAUUCUACCAUCAACUCAAUUGAGGCAAUUUUAGGAUUAGUGAGAUUAACCCCAUCAAAGAAGAAAACCCUCAAGAUACUCCAAGAUGUCAGUGGAAUUGUGAAGCCUUCCAGGAUGACAUUACUUUUGGGGCCUCCAGGUGCAGGAAAAACAACAUUGUUACUGGCACUUGCAGGAAAGUUGGAUAAAGACUUGAAGGUCAGUGGGAAGAUAACAUAUUGUGGCCAUGAGUUGACCGAAUUUGUUCCCCAAAGAACAUGUGCGUAUAUUAGUCAAAAUGAUCUUCAUAACGGAGAAAUGACUGUAAGAGAGACGCUAGAUUUUUCAGGACGAUGUUUAGGCGUUGGGACUCGUUAUGAGUUGUUGGCAGAGCUUUCUAGAAGAGAGAAACAAGCAGGAAUCAAGCCAGAUCCCGAGAUUGACGCCUUCAUGAAGGCCACAGCAAUGCCAGGCCAAGAAGCUAGUCUGGUCACGGAUUAUGUUCUCAAGAUACUUGGCUUGGAUAUAUGCGCUGAUAUCAUAGUUGGCAAUGAAAUGGCUAGGGGUAUCUCCGGUGGCCAAAAGAAACGUGUAACUACCGGUGAAAUGUUGGUUGGUCCGGCAAAAGUUCUAUUAAUGGACGAAAUCUCGACAGGGUUGGAUAGUUCAACCACCUUCCAGAUAUGCAAGUAUAUGAGGCAGAUGGUUCACAUAAUGGACGUAACAAUGAUUGUCUCACUCUUACAGCCAGCUCCUGAGACGUAUGAACUCUUUGACGAUGUUAUCCUUCUCUCGGAAGGCAAAAUUGUUUAUCAAGGUCCACGUGAAGAGGUCGUUGAAUUUUUUGAAUUUAUGGGGUUUAAAUGCCCCGAGAGGAAAGGAAUAGCCGAUUUUCUCCAAGAGGUUACUUCUAAGAAAGAUCAAGAACAGUACUGGUAUAGGAAGGACCAGCCUUAUAGCUAUGUUUCGGUUUCUGAUUUCACUUGGGGGUUCCGAUCUUUCCAAACGGGACAAAAGCUAGCAUCCGAUCUUGUUAUUCCUUUUGAUAAAUUCAAAGCUCACCCAGCGGCUUUGGUGAAGCAAAAAUAUGGUAUUUCCAAGUGGGAGCUCUUUAAGGCAUGUUUUUGGAGGGAAUGGUUGUUAAUGAAGCGGAGCUCUUUUGUAUACAUUUUUAAGACGACACAAAUAACCAUUAUGUCGUUAAUUACAAUGACCGUAUUUCUAAGAACAACGAUGCAUCAUAAAUCAGUAACUGACGGUGGAAAAUACUUGGGGGCCUUAUUUUUCAGUCUCAUAAAUAUUAUGUUUAAUGGUUUUGCUGAACUCUCCAUGACUGUUGUUCGCCUUCCGAUGUUCUACAAACAGAGGGACUUUUUGUUCUACCCUGCAUGGGCUUAUGCACUACCCGUUUGGGUUCUAAGGAUUCCGCUAUCGUUCAUGGAAUCAGCAAUAUGGACUAUUCUAACAUACUACACUGUUGGUUUUGCUCCAGCUGCAAGUAGGUUUUUCUGUCAGUUACUUGCGUACUUCUCAAUUCACAAUAUGGCGUUAUCCCUCUUUCGGUUCCUUGGAGCUGCGGGAAGAACCAUUGUGGUUGCUAACAAUGUUGGUAUUUUCGCAUUGUUGAUAUUCUUUGUCCUCGGUGGUUUUAUCAUUGCAAAAGAUGAUAUUGGUCCAUGGAUGAUUUGGGGUUAUUACCUUUCACCAAUGAUGUACGGACAAAAUGCUCUAGUUAUUAACGAGUUUCUCGAUCAACGAUGGAGCACUCCUAAUACAGACCCCAGAAUUGAUGAACCUACCGUUGGAAAAGUCAUCCUUGCUUCGAGAGGCUUCUUUAAACAAGAGUCAUGGUUUUGGAUCAGUAUUGGAGCUCUUAUGGGGUUUUCUCUCCUCUUCAACCUGUUAUAUAUCCUGUCCUUGACGUGUUUGAAUCCUUAUAGUGAUUUGAGAACUGUAGUAAUGGAUGAUGAAGAUGAUGAUGAUGAAAAGAAAAAGAAGACGUCUGAGAAGAGACUUAAAGAUUUAGGUACGGCGCUAAAUUUGCAUUCAAGGAGUAGUAAUUCGGAUGUCAAUGCUCCCAGGAAGGGAAUGGUUUUGCCUUUCCAACCGCUUUCACUUGCAUUCAACCAUGUUAGUUACUAUGUGGAUAUGCCCGCUGAAAUGAAAACCCAAGGUUACGAGGAUCGCCUUCAACUGCUACAAGAUGUCAGUGGUGCUUUUAGGCCUGGCAUAUUGACAGCCCUAGUGGGUGUUAGUGGUGCUGGAAAGACCACACUAAUGGAUGUCCUGGCUGGACGAAAGACCGGUGGCUAUAUCGAAGGCAGCAUAAACAUAUCUGGGUACCCAAAAAACCAAUCGACCUUUGCUCGUAUUAGUGGUUAUUGUGAACAAACUGACAUUCAUUCACCACAUGUAACUGUCUAUGAGUCUCUCAUGUACUCAGCCUGGCUUCGUCUUUCUUCUGAUAUCGACACUAGCACACGAAAGAUGUUUAUCGAAGAAGUAAUGGAGUUGAUCGAGCUUAAACCACUAAAAGAUGCUUUGGUUGGCCUUCCUGGCAUUCACGGUCUUUCAACCGAACAAAGGAAGAGAUUGACAAUCGCAGUAGAAUUAGUCGCUAAUCCUUUCAUUAUCUUUAUGGAUGAGCCUACUUCAGGGCUAGACGCUAGAGCCGCUGCCAUUGUCAUGCGCACCGUGAGAAACACAGUCGACACUGGUCGAACAGUUGUCUGCACCAUUCAUCAGCCAAGCAUAGAUAUCUUUGAGGCUUUUGAUGAGCUUCUGCUAAUGAAGAGAGGAGGUCAAGUUAUAUAUGCAGGUCCCCUUGGUGACCAUUCCAAUGAACUGAUUGAAUACUUUGAAGCCAUUCCUGGAGUGCCAAAAAUCAAGGACGGUUAUAAUCCUGCUACAUGGAUGCUCGAUAUUAGUACGUCUCAAGCAGAAUCUCAAUUGAAUAUGGAUUUCGCAGAAUAUUAUGCUAAUUCCUCUCUUUACCAGAGGAAUCAAGAUCUCAUUAAAGAGCUCAGCACUCCAACACUUGGCUGUAGUGAUCUCCACUUUCCAACUAAAUACUCGCAGCCGUUCCAUGUUCAAUUUCGAGCUUGCUUUUGGAAGCAGUAUUGGUCUUACUGGCGGAAUCCACAAUACAAUGUUGUCCGUUUCAUUUUGACCAUAGCCAUCGGCAUUAUCUUUGGUGUUAUAUUCUGGAACAAGGGACAUAAAAUAUCGAAAGAACAAGACCUAAUGAACUUUUUAGGAGCUAUGUAUUCCGCUGUACUUUUCCUUGGAGCAACCAAUGCUUCAGCUGUCCAAGCUGUUGUUGCCAUCGAAAGAACUGUAUUCUACCGCGAAAAAGCAGCAGGGAUGUACUCAGCGUUACCCUAUGCCUUAGCUCAGGUGGCUAUAGAAUCGAUCUAUACUGUGAUUCAGACAUUGGUUUAUGCUGUUAUCCUCUAUUCCAUGAUCGGAUUUGAGUGGGAGAUUGGGAAAUUCGUAUAUUUUUGCUACUUCAUAACGGCUUGCUUCAUCUACUUUGUGAUGUAUGGAAUGAUGCUCGUCUCACUUACACCAGGCCAUGAAGUUGCCGGAAUUUUGAUGGGCUUCUUUCUCAGCUUGUGGAAUUUAUUCGCCGGUUUUUUGAUUCCUCGACCGCAAAUACCAAUAUGGUGGAGAUGGUACUUUUGGGCUUCACCAGUUUCUUGGACAUUGUACGGCCUCGUGACUUCGCAAGUAGGCGAUAAGAACACGCUUUUGGAAAUACCAGGCGCUAACAGUCAAUCCGUGAAGGAUUACCUCAAAGAAUACUUGGGUUAUGACCACGACUUCCUCCCUAUCGUUGUCGUUGGACAUCUUGGUUGGAUCUUCUUCUUCUUCUUUAUCUUUGCCUACGGAAUCAAAUUCCUUAACUUCCAAAAGAGAUGAAGAUAAAACUCGAAAGCUUUUCGAUAUUCUUUUGUCAUCCAUAAUGUUCAUGUUGUAAGAAAGGUAGAAUGUAUAGGAAGUAAAUUGUGUGAUUAAUCAAAUUAAAGGUAACAAAUACAGUUGAUAUGUGAUAUUCUUUUGUUUUGGUUAUCAAAAAGUUUUGCAUAUUGCAGUAAUGCAGUUCAUGUAUACAUCAAUUGGUAG